AUGAUUGAACCACCUCAGAACCAAGAAACAACACCAGUUGACACCACUCGCGAGUCCAACACCCCCCAAAAAACACCAGACUGGCUCUCCCGCCGUCUCGCAAAGACGCUCGAAAACCAACUCUUCGUCGGCAACGCAGGGGCCUUGAAGUACGAAUACCUCGGAAGAAACGGCGACGAACUAGAAGGCAAGCAUUAUACACUGACAUCAGCAGUUGGAAGCAAAGUGGGUGUCCACGAAUACGCAGCCCAAGGCGAGAACAUCAAUCUUGAUAUCGUGGUCCUAUUCUUCCACGGAAACCUCCGACCUACACGAUAUCUCAAAGAUAUCUUCCAGCCGCUCGUCGAGAAUGGCAUCACGAUCAUCGGCCGUGACUUCGUCGGCUACGACGGAAGCUCAUUCGUACCGAAUGUCGACGGGGCACUGGAAAUUGCCGCACUGGCAAACGACGAAGCGGUCAUCAACUGGACGCUCGAGAAGUAUUCGAAAUCCCGCAUCGUGAUCUGCGGCCGCUCGAUGGGUACGCUCGGCUUGGCUGGGCACUUGGCUCGGCCCAGAGUCAUUGGGGCUAUUGGCAUUGUGCCGGUCACGAGCCUGGACUCUCUAGUUGAUGGUUUGGUGGCGGUGCUUCCGCGGCCUCUGAGCGGUUUGGUCUCUCUUCUUGGUUAUCCAGAUUCGAUUGCGCAUGCGGCGUUUCCACGCGGGUUUCGGUCGACCACUGAGCCGAGGAUUGUUAGUAGUGGAUUUGCGUCGGAUUUUACGGGUGUAGCCCGUAAAUUGGUCUUUCUUUUUCCGGCGGACGAGGAUGAGUUCGUGCCUAAGGGCCAGGUUGACCUUUUUCGACGGGGAUGGAGGAGAAAGGGUGUCGUGUUGAUGUUAGUUGGUUGA